ACAGCUGUAAUUUGUUAGAAACAGAGCAUGAAACCAUGUGUUCUAAUGUUUUGUCUGUCUCAUUACCAGGGUCCAACUCUAAAUAAAACUUUUUGAAGAAGAUCUGCUACUGAUGAAACCUUGUGAAUAAAGUGGAUUUCCUCGACCUUUGGGAAAAUGGGCCAGUUGUUCAAUUUCGAAAGAUCAGAGAGAAAGCACGCUCCACCGGAUUGGAUUUGUGCUGACUUGAUCACGGUGUGCCCAGUAGAUGGCGAUAAUGCCGCUGUUGAGCCUCAGUUGAACCGAGAGCAGAAGAAGAUCGCGAAGCAGAGGAAGUGGAGCAGCGCUAGCUCCGAUCCUAUAAUCGAUCGCCAUGUACUCUUAGAAGCAAAACAAAGCCCAGAACUAGCAUCCUGCUCCAGCACGGGCUCUUGAAGAUGGCCGGCGAGGAGGAGAGAGGGGUGGUCCGUGUCAGAGUCAAGAAAUGUGAUGGCGUGCUUCCAGUGGAGUUUCGGUCCUUUGCUGUUGAUCCUCAGAUAACAUCACUGGAGGUUCUGCAGCACAUUCUCAUCAGAGCCUUUGAUUUGAAUGGGAAGCGGACCUUUGGGAUCAGUUACCUGUGUCGAGAUAGGAGCGGUGCUGAAAUGUAUCAGUCUCUGGCGUCAGACUGGGAUUUGGAUGUUGCAUUUGUCAGUGCAGCCAAACCGUACCUACAGCUCAAGAUGGACGUAAAACCUUCAGAAGACAGUCCUGUAAUGGAGGACUGGGACAUCAUAAGCCCUAAAGACGUGAUUGGCUCUGAGCAGCUUCUUGGAGAAAGGACGAGGUCUCUGGCAUCCGCCGCUCUUCCUUUCACUCAGUCUCUACUGUCCCAGAUGGGCCGGACCUUGUCUAAAGUCCAGCAAGCUUUGAGCUGGUCUUAUGGGGAGGAGAUCAAGCCUUUCAAGCCUCCUCUCAGUGAUGGUGAGUUUCACAGUUACCUCAAUGGUCAGGGCCAAUUGACACGACCCGAGGAACUCAGACUGCGAAUCUAUCAUGGUGGUGUGGAGCCUUCACUGCGCAAGGUUGUGUGGCGGUACCUCCUGAAUGUGUACCCUGAUGGACUGAGUGGACAGGAAAGAAUGGACUACAUGAAGAGAAAGACAAGGGAGUAUGACCAGCUGAAGAGAGAGUGGACAGCCCGGGUCAGUCAUGAGGAUCUUGAAUUUAUUCGAGGAAAUGUUCUCAAAGACGUCCUGAGAACGGACCGGGCUCAUCCGUACUACGCUGGCUCAGAAGACAGUCCACAUCUGACUGCACUUACAGACCUGCUCACCACGUUUGCCAUCACACAUCCACAGAUCUCAUACUGUCAAGGCAUGAGCGAUAUCGCCUCCCCUAUACUUGCAGUAAUGGACAAUGAGGCGCAUGCCUUCAUUUGCUUUUGUGGCAUAAUGAAGCGUUUGGAGGGAAACUUCCGUCCAGAUGGGCAACUAAUGUCUAUCAAAUUCCAGCAUUUAAAGCUGCUUCUGCAGUACUCGGAUCCUGAAUUUUACUCUUACCUGGUGUCCCGAGGAGCUGACGACCUCUUCUUCUGCUACCGCUGGCUGCUUUUGGAGCUCAAGAGAGAAUUUGCGUUUGAUGAUGCUUUGCGGAUGCUUGAGGUCACCUGGAGCUCCCUUCCUCCGGAUCCGCCUGAAACCGAAGUGGAGCUUCUCGGACUGCCACUGGACACUGAUGAAACUGUGACCUACAAAGAAAAGACAAUUGAGACCUGCCUCAGAGAUGAUAAUGAACAAAAAGAGAAGCAGCGGAGGAGACAUAUGUUGAGGCCUUCAAGAGAAGAAACAGAUGCGAGCAGGAAUGCCGUCAUAGAACAAAAAGAGAGGCAAAAUGUUGGUGCUGGAACAGGAAGUGAUGGCAGUGAUUGUGAUAUUAAUCAAGUAAGUCUGGUAAAGGCAGAUUGUCAGGCUCCUUUUGAGAAGCAAACAAGUUUUGGAGAGUUUAAAUACUAUACUGCCAGAAAUGAAGAUAGCUUUGAUAUGGAAGAUGGUGACCAACCACAGGGUGUGGCUGUUUCAAAGUCGGUACUGAACAUCUCAAGUCGCCAGUCCACAGUUGAUAGUGAGGAGGAUCCAGAAGAGAGAACACCUCUCAUAAAAAACUGUGAAAUUGGUUUCUCUCCAAUAUCAUCACCUCACCUCUUUCCUAGUGGCCUACCUAUUUGGAAAAGUGGCUCCUCUGUGUCUCCGACAUCUUCAGUUUCCCCCUCCAGCUGGCCAGGAGCGUCUCCAGACUCUCCUCCAAGGUCCACAUCCCCAUCCCCAUCCACAAACAAUGGAAGAGAGGCCUUACCAAGCACUGUUCCAAAAAUAUUGACCUCCUCCGCCCAAGUGCUCAGCAAUACAGGAAUCAACUCACCCACAACCCCCACUGUAAAACCAUCUAUUGCAUCUCCCUCCCACCCUCAGAAUCGAUCCCUUCUCUCUUCACCUAUUUUGUCCUUUGGGAGAGGUCCCUCGUUGUCUGGCAGCAGGUCAUCCACCAACAAUCUUCCUUCACCCGGAAACAAAUCUCCCAGCACCGCAGCUAACACACCCAGUUCUCUGAAAGCUGAGACCACCAGCAUCAAAUCGUGUUCGCUGCCGCCUCCGCAAGAGUUCGGCAAAGGCAAUCCCUUCAUGCUGUUUCUAUGCCUGUCCAUCCUGCUGGAGCACCGAGACCACAUAAUCAAGAACAGCUUGGAUUACAAUGAGUUAGCCAUGCACUUUGAUCGGCUAGUGCGGCGCCACAACCUUAGCAGGGUGCUGCAGCGAGCCAAGGCCUUAUUUGCAGACUACUUGCAGAGUGAAGUGUGGGACUCAGAGGAAGGAGAUGAGGUUAGCUCCGACUCCCCAACAACAAUUACCGCUGUGCAACAUUCCCCUUCUUCAACCAUCUCUGCCAGGCCCAUUUAUAGCCCUUUAGCAUCGCCUCAGUCAUCAUUUCAAAACUCAACCUAUAACCUCACAACCACCAUUCCCUCCCCAACAGCUCAAGUUUCCCUUUCCUCUGCUUCCUGAUUCCAUCAUGCAACAAUUGAUUCCCAUCCUCAGCGAAAGACUGAUUGUGGCCUGUUGGAGGUGUCCACCUUUUUAGCCAGCCUUCCUAAUUGAAUUGGGCUGUUAAUAAUCUUCUCAUUCUGUGUAUGCUUGAAUAUGUAUUUAUAUUGCUUUUGUCAGUUUGAUGAAAGAGUUUCAUUUCUUUUCAUGUCCUCUGUUGUUGCUGAUGCAUGACGUUUAAACCCUGUGAUUCAGGUGUCAGAUUGUGGGGCUGUCUCUUAUUGGUUCUGGCAAAACUCAGUUUAGCCACAUGGUGCAUUUAACCUGAGUUGCCCUCUUUUUUAAACUUUGUUUACAAACUUAUAUUAUGUCCAAUAAGCCACAAAAGUGUCUUAACUAAAACACUUGUGUUACUUUAGUUAAAAUCAAAAGGGAAUUCCACACUCUGAUGUAUCGAAAGUAAAGGUUUGAAUUGUUCUUAUUCAUAAGGACUUUUACAGAAAUGACUCCUCUUAAUAACCAAGCUCUAAUUCUUAAGUGAGUAACAAAAUAAACUGAUGACAUAAAUAGCCAGCACACAUACUUAACCUCACCCUUUCUGACUGAGCCCUGUCUCCAUUUGCUUUUCUUCUGUCUGUUUGUCUAUUUGAUAAAACAAAGAUGAUGAUGUCAGAGUGAUCGUCAUCGGGGUCAUCUCAGCUUGGAGCCUUUAUAACAACUUUGGGUUGCAGCUAGAAUCACACAAGAAUGCAUGAGUCCAACAAAGAUCCUAUUGAACUGCAUUAUGGGAAAUGCAUGGCUCAGAUAGUAACUAAAAUCAUGGUUUCCACUACUGCUUCAUUUUUACCAAUGUUAUUCAAGCUCCUUCUCUUUUUUUGUCCCUGAACUUUUUGUACCUGAAAAUACAAACUCAUUCUCUGGAGCAUUAAUUCCAGUGUCUGCUGGAUUUCUACUUUUACUCUUCCCAAGUGCUGUUGCAUGUGGAUGUGAUAAGAUAGUGAGAGACCAGGCCCUUCCCAUUGAUACCACUCUACUCUAGAUGAGCCAAAAUUAAUGAAUAUGUCUUUCAGCCUUUGGUCAUCUUGUGCCAUGAGCUGGAUAAUCAUUCAUAAUGUGUGCUAAUAAAAAAAUCUUACUGCUUCUGUGAAACAACAGGGGAUGGCAGAUGAUGUACAGAACACAUGUGGCUGAGGUGGGGGGGGGAGAUAAUUUUUACACUAUAAUUUUCUUUUUCUUUUUCUCAAUUUUAAAUGGGACUCAGCCAAUAACAGUCAUAUCCAGGUCGGUAGCUGUGGUGUCUGUGGUUAUAACAGGACAAUGCGGCUGAUCUAUUAUGUCGUCAUGUUACACAGUGAGGUGAAGAUGUGCAGUGUGUGGGGCUGCAGAGAGCAGUUGUACACUAUUUUAUUGAUACACUAUAUAUAUGCGGGUCAUCAUUUCAGCACUUUGGUUAUUGCUGUUUCCCAAAGAUUGUUUGACUUUUUUGCAUUUUUUCUGUGUCAACAUUUCAAAGAAACAACAGAGAUAUUUGUCUGAAUGAGGUUCAUUGAAUGCACAUUUGCUGGUAUCACACAUGGCAGUCUGUUUGCUUUGUGUGGUCACUGAAAUAGGAAAAA